UUGUGUUUUUGAUGUUGACAACCCUAGCGAAUUGCAUAAAAUUCCGGUUGAUUGCUAUAUUCACAGUCGGUAAUCAAAAAGUAUUUAAAAUGUUUAAUAAAGCUGCAAUGGUAGGUGCUAUGGUGCGCCGUUCCUUCGGAACCACCCAAUUGAUGCGACAAACCAUCAAAAACCACGAACCCAACAAUCUCGAGAGGAAGAUGUUGGUGUGGAGCGGCAAAUACAAGUCUCAGGCGGAGGUUCCCAGUUUUGUGAGUCAGGAGGAGAUGGAGCGCUGUCGCAACAAAAUGCGCAUACGAUUGGCCAACAUCAUGAUUGGACUGACGGCCAUUGGCUGCGCGAUCAUGAUUUAUAAUGGAAAACAGGCCGCCAAACGAGGAGAGUCCGUGACCAAGAUGAAUCUGGACUGGCACAAGCAGUUUAACGAAUCCAACCCCGACGCAAAAGCUGCUCCAGCCACAAAGUAGAUGAAGUGGCUUUAACCAAAUUAAGGAGGGCCUUUCCUAUUUUAGUAAUUUCCCAUUUACUUUCUUGAAUUUCAGUUUGUUAUCGGGAAGCUUUAAAAAAUUUAGCUUUUUAAAUAAUUGUUAUGUUUAUUUCUUAAAUGGUUUAGUUAAAAAUAAUUGUAAAUCUUGGAAAAUUCAGAAACUGAAAUUCAAAAGGUCAAUGGACCCAUGCCUUAGUUUCCUUUUGUGUGAAAACCGUAUUUGCCUGGCCUCUGCACAUGCACCAUAUCCUUGGUAGAUAUUCAGUGAUAUUUGUAAACUCAAAGUUAGAUUUUAUUUUAAUAGCAAGUCAAUAAAUAAUAAAUGAGUGA